AUGGUUUCUCACACCAUGAUGUUAAGAAAGUGGGUGGAAGCCACCAAUGAGUAUAAUGUGCAGCUUGAGAAGAUGGGAGCUAACUUCAUCAAGAAAAAUCCUCGUGCUCUGUUUGACAAGCUCAGGGAGAUUGAAGCUAAGGUAGUGCAGAGGAUCACAACAGAGAACUUUAAGUCUGCAAAAGGUAAUGAGGAUUUCUGGCAGAAACACUGUCAUGCAAUAGCUGUGGCCAAGCCCAAGAAAGGAUAUACAGACCUCACCAAGCAGGUACCCUGGGGGAACUGGAUCCCAAGGCAACCACAAGAAGGCCUUUUGCUCAGAUGGCAUCAAAAUUAA